UUCCGUGUUCGUUCCAAGUCGAGCUUUACUUGAAAAAAAUAUAUAUAUACAUUCUAACCGUACCGAAACCUCGAACAGGACGUCUCUUCCAAUCUUUACGCGAGUAAAAUAUCGGAAAUGAAUAUUUUACAUUUUUAAUAUUUUUAUUGUUUUUCUGUGUACGUUGAAGCUUCUCUAGCGUAGCCUAGCUUACGAUCAGCUAAACAACAGAGAUGCGUUUCUUAGCAACACAUCAGACGUGACCGUAAAGUUUUGUGACUAUCGCGUGAAAAUGUGUGCGACAAGUGUAAAAAAAGAAGAAGAAGAGUACGAGGAAAAACUUUCACGGACAAAAGAGGACGGCGAGCGAAAACGUCGAGUGCUGGACGUGGAACUCAAGAAGCCUCGAGAUGUGUUCCGCAGAGCAGACUUCGGCGACGAAGAUCUCCGCCCUGACCGGCAGCCGUCUGACAUCAAAGAGGAAGCCCAGGAGAAUGAUAUCAGCAACUUUCCAUUCAACGUUGCGAUUGUGAAGAGUGAAGAUGAUGGCGACCGAUGUGGAGGAUCUCAGUCGGGCGACCUCUUAGCGCCACCGUCAGAGAGCGACGACGUGACGUCACGGUCUCCUGGCACGGACGACGACGACAACGACGAUGAUGACAAAGAUGAGGAACACUCAAAAGGUCGUACGAGAGGUCUGGCCGACCAAACGCACUUGAAAUGCGUGCGGUGCGGGGCCGCAUUCAGUUCACGGUGGGACUUGAACGUCCACGCGAGAAGUCACACGAGAGAGAGACCCUUCAUCUGCUCCCUUUGUGGUAAAGGUUUCACGCGAAAGGAAAAACUGAACAUACACACCAGGUCACACACAGGAGAGAAACCAUUUAUCUGCUCGGUGUGCGGGAAAACCUUCACUCACAAGGGACAUUUGAACUUGCACAUGGGCACGCACACUGGCGAGAAACCUUUUUCUUGUUCACUUUGCAGUAAACACUUCACCCGUAAGGCGCAUCUGAACAAACACAUGAAAGUACACACUGGAGAGAAACCGUUUGCCUGUUCAAUCUGCAACUUGAGCUUCAGCGAACGCCCGGGAUUGGUCCUGCACAUGAGAACGCACACUGGGGAGAAACCCUAUUCCUGCUUAGCGUGCGGCAAAAGUUUCUCCCUCAGUCGCAAUUUGACGAGGCACCGGAGAAGACACACUGGCGAGAAGACGUUCGCUUGCGGCGUCUGCGACCAGCGCUUCUCUUACAAGUAUCAGAUGGACAAGCACACGUGUGCCGCUGGAAUGAGCGCCGGCCAGUGAAGCUGCGCAACUUGAAGUCGACGACGAAAAAGGCUCGGAAAUAUUCAAUAUUGUUUAUGGAUUAUAACUAUGAUUGUGUUUCGACUUUAAACGCAGAUGUAGUGACAAUGUUGACUUUGUGUGACGAUCUACUAACGAGGAGCUGCAGCUACAGUACAACCAAAUGUUUUGGAACAUGGAAGACAUUUUCAAUAUCAUAGCUACGUUCUUCGCAUCCUCUUGUUAGCGUUGACUUCCUUUCAGUUCAGCGUAUUUGAAAAAUGUUCUGGAGUUUUGUAAAUGAUCAAAACAAUAAACUUUGGAUGACCUUUUACCAGAAAAUCGAGAUAUUCCAGAAAGCCCAAAUCAGCCAAAUAUCAUUUUUGUACAGCGAAAAUAAAGAUUCCAAAUGUCCCCAA